AUGCACAAAAGAAAUAGCGCCACGCAUUUCAAAUUCCUCCUUUUGACGAUAGUUCUUCUCAUAUCCGGUGCCCACAUGCAAGGUACUGACGACGAAGACAAUAAGCUGAAGCCAGUAAACGUGGAGAGAAACACGGAGGCGGCGUCAUGUUCCCUAAGGAAAAAUGUCCAGGGCGCAAACCAAAUGCUAUACGCAAAUUUAUCGGAGGGAUUUAAGAAUGAAGAGGAACAAACCGAAGGAAAUGAAAAGGCCAUAAAGACCUUCACCAGGGAAGAGGUGGCAAAACACAACACGAAAAAGGAUGCUUGGGUCAUUUACAAAAAUAAGGUCUACGAAAUUACAUACUACUUGCUGUACCACCCAGGAGGAGAAGACAUCCUUGCAGAACAAGCGGGAAACGACAUCACCGACUACGUGUUUCAGUACCACCCCUGGGUCAACGUUGAAAGGAUCCUAGGACAUAACUACAAAGGUAUGACGAAAUGA